AUGGGGGUGCCCGUCUGUGAGGGGCCCCAGGGUCUCUAUGGCCAGGAAGAUGAAUUUGGGAACCCGUCUGGGGUGAACAGCUGCUCCAUCCGCUAUCGGGUGACCGCCGAGCCCCAGGGGCCCGCGGUCUUUUCUGCCAAUUACAAAGACUGCCAUGUGCUGGAGAAGGAUGGGCGCUCCCACCUGAGGGUGUUCACGGAAGCUGUGCUGCCCAGUGGCACUCUGAUCUGUCUCAAACCUGAUCACACCUGGACUCCAGACUCCCACCUGGCACCACCCACCACAUUCUCACUUCCUGCCCCUCAUCUCCCUGGGUACCCUCUGACUCAGGAACAGUGCCAGGUGACCUCCAGGCACAUCCCCCGCACAGUGAGAAGAAGUUCAAAGGAAGCGUCAGCUGGCUGCUGUCAUGACAACACCAGAGAGGGUCCCUGUUACUAUGGCAACACAGCGACUGUCCAGUGCUUCAGAAACAGUCACUUCGUCCUGGUGGUGUCCCAAGAAACAGCCUUGGUGUGCAGGACACUGAUCAAUGUCCACCUGGUCUGCACCGCCCCCCAGCUGCUCCCCAACCAGGAGGCGGGGUCCUCCGUGGUCUCCACGGCUAGCCCUCUCACCUGCUGUGACACCACAGUCCAGGUAGAGUGGGCGCCACUCUGCAUCCAGCAGAACCAGCUGGUGUCCAACAUCGGCAUCUGGAUGGGGCCACAGGGUUCCAUCAUGUGGGACGGCACCUUCAGGCUUCACAUCCACUGUGUCUUCAAUGCCAGUGACUUCCUGCCCCUCCAGGCGUCCCUCUUUCCUCCCCCUCCAGCCACUGUGACCCAGUUCAGCCCCCUGCGGCUCCAGCUGCAGAUCGCUGCAGACAAGGCUUUCAGCUCCUACCACAGGGAGGGGGACCACCCUAUUGUGGGGCUGCUUCAAGAGUCUGACCCCAUGGAGGUCUGGCUCCUGCAGAGGACAGACCCCAUUCUGGUCCUGGUGCUGCACCAGCACUGGGCCGCUCCCAGUGCCCCUUCACCGUUGCCACCUUCACCCUCCUGGACACUGGCUCCUAGAGGGCCCGCGGGGGACCACUCAGAAGCACGUGUUCCUCCUGCCUGCUCCCCAUCCGCUAAGCGGGGCAGUGUGGACCUGGGCUGGGUUCCACACCCCGUGUCCCUGCCUCAGUGCUUCUCGCCCACGGCUCCAAGCCAGCCCCGUGCCUUGACCUUAUUCUCAUCCCACCAGGUUUACUUCCUCUGCGGCACCUCUGCCUGCUGCCCCUCAGGCCUGAAGACUUACUCGACUACAUGUAACUCUGGGGCUACAGGACGGCAGUGCGCCUCAGGUCACCACAAUGACAUUGCCAGGCCCAGCAUGGCGAGCUCUCCCGGGCCACUGGGCUUUGAGGAUUCCUACAGGUGGGAGUCUACGCUGGAGCCUGCAGGCUCCACCAUGAGCUGCAACCCAAGGCCUCUCCUCUGGGUAAUUCUUUUGCUGUUGGCUGUUGCCCUGGUCUGAGGGGUUGGCGUCUUUGUGGACCUGAGCCAGGCCAAGCCCAGAAGCUCCUGGAAGGCAACAGAAGGUGAACAGGCUGAAUAG